UUUCCUCCCUCUCUCUAAAACUCUAAAAUAUCAAACCUCUGCGACUCCCUAAAACCCCGUCGUACUUCUCUCUCAAUAAAAGCUUGGGGUUUUUAUCUUAUUUGAAAUUCUUGAGCAAAACAAACCUUUAAUUCUUGUCCGAGCGCCAUUAUUUCUGCCCCUUUGCGAGCCCUAGGGUUUUUUAUUUCUAAGUAAGGGAAUAAAUGAAGGUUUCUCUAAGUCCAGGAGCCAUUGAUAAGGUCAACAAUGGAGAUUUGAAUCUGAAGCCUAUAGUUCAGGUACUCGAGGUGAACCCAAUCGGUUCGAACAAGGACCGUUACAGUACUCUUCUUUCUGAUGGCGUUCGAGCUCAAGAGGCCAUGCUUGCUUCCCAGCUUAAUCAACUGGUUAAAUCAGGAAGAUUAGUCAGAGGAGCUAUCGUUCAGUUGAUUGAUUAUAUAUGUAAUACAGUUCAGAAUCGGAGAAUUAUCAUUGUUCUGAACAUGGAAAUAAUAGUGUCUAACUCUGAGAUAAUCGGGGUUCCAAAACAGUUCACAGAUUUAGAUAUAGGACCUUCAAAUAGAGAUGCCCAUAAUGGAAGAAAUGGUUCAACACCAGUGGCGACAAAUACAAGUUCUCUCAAUCUUGCAAAUAAUACUUCAAACUGCAGUGUUGGUCAAAAGGCUAGUCCCUCAUCUGAUGUUUUUGGGCGACCAGCUAUUCAACCUCCCUAUCAGCCUCCUCCAGUAUACUCAAAUAAAGGCCCUAUAGCUAAGAAUGAAGCCCCACCAAGAAUAAUUCCCAUCUCAUCACUGAAUCCAUAUCAGGGAAGGUGGGCUAUUAAGGCUCGGGUCACUGCCAAGGCUGAUAUAAGGCGUUACAACAAUGCCAAGGGAGAUGGCAAAGUUUUCUCUUUUGAUCUUCUUGACUCAGAUGGUGGAGAGAUACGUGUAACUUGUUUCAAUGCUUUAGUGGAUCGGUUUUUUGAUCAGAUAGCGUUGGGUAAGGUGUACAUGAUAUCAAAGGGAAGCCUCAAACCUGCACAAAAGAACUUCAACCAUUUAAACAACAAUUGGGAAAUCUUUUUGGAAUCCAGUUCAAUAGUAGAGCCAUCUAUGGAUCAAGAUGACUCCAUACCAAAACAACAGUUCUCUUUUAAGUUGAUCAAUGAAAUCGAGGGCAUGGAGAGUGGCUCAAUGGCAGAUGUUAUAGGAGUUGUAAUAUCUGUUAAUCCUUCAGUUACUAUACUAAGAAAGAAUGGCAUGGAGACCCAAAAGAGGGUUCUUAAUCUUAAGGACACAUCAGGUCGGACUGUGGAGCUUACGCUCUGGGGUAGUCUUUGCAAUAAAGAAGGCCAAGAGUUACAUGAUAUGCUUGACUCUGGUGCUUCUCCAGUUUUAGCCAUUAAGGCCUCAAGGGUCAGUGAUUUUAGUGGUAAGUCUCUUGGUACAAUCUCCUCGACCCAACUAUUCAUAAAUCCCGACAUACCCGAGGCUCGAAGCCUAAGAGUCUGGUUCGAUUGUGAGGGCAAGAGGACCAUUUCUCAACCAAUAUCGCAAGAUUUUGUAUCAGCUGAUUGGGUUCGUAAAAAUGUGAGUGAUAUCAAGUAUGAACGACUUGGAUUUUCUGAUAAGCCCGAUUGGAUUGAUGUGAAGGCAAACGUCACAUUUAUAAAAACAGAUAGUUUUUGUUACACUGCUUGCCCUGUAAUUGUUGGAGAUAGGCAGUGCAAUAAGAAAAUCACAAGAUCAAGAGGCGGUUUAUGGCAUUGCGAGAGGUGCGAUCAAGAUUUAGAGGAUUGUGAUUAUAGGUAUCUUCUUCAGAUUCAGAUUCAAGACCACACUGGCUUGACUUGGGUUACUGCUUUUCAAGAAGCUGGAGAAGAAAUAAUGGGCUUUCCUGCAAAGGAGUUGUACUUUCUGAAGUAUGAAGAAGGGGAUGAACAAAGAUUUGGGGAAAUUAUUCGAAGCGUUGUCUUUAGCAGUUUCCUGUUCAAGCUCAAGGUUAAGGAAGAGAGAUAUAAUGAUGAGCAGCGCGUGAAGAUCACUGUUAUGAAGGUAGAGAAGCAGAAUUUCCCAUCAGAAAAUAAGUAUUUGAUUGAUAUGAUCAAGAAGCUCUCAGUUUGAGGACUCCAUGUCUGUCAAAUGAGCUUUAUACACAAAGGCAUUGGAUUUGAAAAUUUUCGGAAUAUGA